UAGAAUGACUGGAUAAUCGAAUACGUAUAUCCCGCGAAAGGGCUUGAUGCCAGAAAAGAAAUCGAGGACGUUGACUGGAGAGAUAAAUAACGAUAAAAUGCCUAAUAUCAAAGUAUUUAGUGGCACUACACAUCCCGAUUUAGCGGCAAAGAUAUGUGAGAGACUGGGUAUUGAGCCAAGCAAGGUGGUCACAAAGAAAUUCAGCAAUGGCGAGUGUUGUGUGGAGGUUGGUGAAUCUGUUCGAGGAGAAGAUGUAUAUAUUGUACAGAGUGGAUGUCAUGAAGUUAAUGAUAUGCUUAUGGAAUUGCUAAUUAUGAUCAAUGCUUGUAAAAUAGCUUCAGCUUGUCGAGUUACUGCCGUCAUUCCGUGUUUUCCGUAUGCACGUCAAGACAAAAAAGACAAGAGUCGUGCCCCAAUAUCAGCUAAACUUGUGGCUAAUAUGAUAACGGUGUCAGGUGCUGAUCAUAUCAUAACAAUGGAUCUACAUGCUUCACAAAUUCAGGGUUUUUUCGAUAUCCCAGUAGACAAUUUAUAUGCUGAGCCUGCAGUAUUAAAAUGGAUAAAAGAAAACAUACCUGAUUGGAGAAAUUGUUGUAUAGUAUCACCGGAUGCAGGAGGGGCCAAAAGAGUUACAUCUAUAGCGGACAGAUUAAAUGUAGAUUUCGCUUUGAUCCAUAAAGAAAGAAAGAAGGCGAAUGAAGUAGCGUCCAUGGUAUUAGUUGGUGAUGUCACCAAUAGAAUUGCGAUUUUAGUAGAUGAUAUGGCGGAUACAUGUGGAACUGUUUGUCAUGCAGCAGAAAAGUUAUUAGAAGCAGGAGCUUUAAAAGUUUACGCCAUCUGUACUCAUGGAAUAUUUUCUGGUCCAGCCAUUACUCGUAUCAAUAAUUCAAUGCUGGAAUCUGUUGUCAUCACCAAUACAAUUCCUCAAGAAGAACAAAUGAAACGGGCUCCAAAAAUCCAGUGUAUUGAUAUCUCGUCGAUAUUAGCUGAAGCCGUGCGAAGGACUCAUAACGGCGAAUCUGUCUCUUACCUAUUUUCCAAUGUGCCUUUGUAGCUGGAACUCUAGACAAUAGACAUUUCUAUUAUUCUUGCAGAAGCAAUUCGAAGAACUCACAAUGGUGAAUCUGUAUCCUACCUAUUUGAAAAUGUUCCAUUGUAGUAUUUCAUGAUGGAUCUUUCAAUUGGGGUGUAUUAUUUCAUGAUAUAUCUUUCAAUUGGGGUGUGCUUAUCAGUUUGAACAGAUAUAUAUAUAUAUAUAUAUAUUUUUUUUUUUUUUUUUUUUGUAUGCUAUUUUAUUUUCACUCUCAUCCAUCAAAAAAUCAUCAGGUUUGAAAUGAUGAAUGCAAAAAAUUACUAAAUUAAAUAAUUCAUUUAAUUAUUUACACAUUUCUACUGGCACCCAAAGAACUAAUACAGAACCCAUGUCAGUAUCAAGAAAUGGUUUUACUGUAGGAGAAAAUUGUUUUGUUGGCUAUACAUUUACUCUACAAACUAACCCAAAACAACCUUGAAGUCAAAUGAUCAGAUUUUAGAUAUCAGGUUCAGUUGUAUUGAUUUUCUAUUGCUGUGUUUGAAUAAUCAUUAGUUCUGGGUAGUUGAGGCAAAGAACUGUUAAAAUGUAGGAUUGGUUCUUGUUCCCAGUAUGUUUGCUAGGCAAUUUUUUUUUCAUGUGAACAUACAUCCAACUAAUGUAGUCACAACAUAAUUGACUUCAUGGACAUGACUGUUACGAACAGCUCAGGAUCAUUUUCAAUAUAGGCUGAAAUUAUAAAUAAUUUGUAUGACAUCAUGUAUAAUAUAAAUGAAAUGGGGUUUAACAUCCUACUGUUCUGUACUGACUUGGCUAAUGAAGACAUAUGUCAUGGUCUUAUAUUCUGUCUUAUCUUGUUUAAUUAUCAUUAUCUCAAUGUGUGUAUUUUUAUUGUGGAAUAAUACAUGUAUUUGAAAGUAUUUUAGCACCCUCCCCCACCACACUUUGACACUAGCCUUUAUUGUCCCCCGCCUUUCGAAGAAAGCAGGGGACUAUUAAAAUGGGUUCGUCCGUCUGUCUGUCUGUCUGUCCGUCUGUCUGUCCGUCACACUUUUUGGGACACAAUAACUCUCUUCCUAAUUGAGCUAGAAUGUUCAAACUUGGUGUAUGUGUUUAUUAGGUCAAUGCCUUGAUGGAGUUCGAAGAUGAGCAUUUUCCGCUUAGGGUAAGCAGAGAUAAGCAAUUUGAUUGGUUGAUGCUUUGGGACACGAUAACUCUCUUCCUAAUUGGGCUAGAAUGUUCAAACUUGGUGUAUGUGUUGAUUAGGUCAAUGCCUUGAUGGAGUUCGAAGAUGAGCAUUUUCCGCUUAGGGUAAGCAGAGAUAAGCAAUUUGAUUGGUUGAUGCUUUGGGACACGAUAACUUUUAAUUGAGCUAGAAUGUUCAAACUUGGUGUAUGUGUUUAUUAGGUCAAUGCCUUGAUGGAGUUCGAAGAUGAGCAUUUUCCGCUUAGGGUAAGCAGAGAUAAGCAAUUUGAUUGGUUGAUACUUUGGGGCACGAUAACUCUCUUCCUAAUUGAGCUAGAAUGUUCAAACUUGGUGUAUGUGUUGAUUAGGUCAAUGCCUUGAUGGAGUUCGAAGAUGAGCAUUUUCCGCUUAGGGUAAGCAGAGAUAAGCAAUUUGAUUGGUUGAUGCUUUGGGACACGAUAACUUUAGUUCUAAUUAAGUGAGAUUGAUGAAACUUGGUGUAUAGUUUCAUUACAGUAAUACCUUGACUAAGUUUGAUAAUGAGCAUUUUCUGCUCAGGGUAAGCAGAGCGAUACGCAAUUUGAUUGGUCGAGACUUUGGAAAACAAUAACUGUCCUACUUUGAUUGUUAGACUAUAAGUAAAGAUAUACUGUUUGAUUGUUCAAUACUUUGUAAAAGAUAAUUUGUGAUAAAUUUAUAUGUCCUCUAAUUAUUUUCCUAUUUCGGCGGGGGACAUCAGCCUCACUGUUGGCUUGUUCUAGCUGUACCUCAAAUAAUCAUGUGUUUCAUCAUUGACAAAAUGCCCAGCAUAUUGAAGUUAUAUACAUCAUGUAUCAUGGUAUUCAGAUUAUUUUGAUAUUAUUAAUUACAAUUCUUUUCUCAUAAUUCAGAUAAAAUUAAAAAUUAUCUGGGUUUCCAAGAUUUGUAAAAUGUUACAAAGGUAUAAAUAUAGUGGUUGUUUUUAUGAAUAUAUGAAAAACUUUUCAUGUUAUUUUUUGUUUGUUAUUAAAGUAGACUGUAUACUAUUUUGUAUAUUUAAUGUUCUGUGUGAACACUUUGAGUUUAGAAUAUAUUGCUGCUUAUGUUCAAUUGUUAAAGAAGCUAAAUCUCUAUUCUUUGGCACCAAGAAAUGGACACAAAUGUAAUAUGAAUGUAUAUAAACUGAUUAACAUUCAAUUGUUUCUGUUUUAACUGUAAUUUCUAAUCAGUUAUGUUCGUUGAAAUACGUGAAGAGUCCAAAUUUUGAAUGGGACCCGUGCAGUUACUUUUCAACAGUUACAAUAUACAAAUGUUCCGGGUACUACUAAAGAUUGUUAGAUAUGAUUAUAUUAGCACUAGAAUAUUGUGAUCUCGUCAAACUGAUGAAAUAGAUAUACAUGUGAAGAAGAUAUUUGUUUAUAAAAGACUAUUCUGAAUGGAAGUAUCUGUAUUUGUUACAGUUUUAAUGGAACGUUAUUGUCAAGCAAUUUGUUUAAAAGGUUGUGUUAAGCCAAUGACAUUCUUGGCAUAUUUGUCCCCCGCCUUUUCAAAGAAAGCAGGGGACUAUUAAAAUGGUUUGUCAGUCUGUCUGUCCGUCGCACUUUUUGGGACACAAUAACUUUCCUUCUAAUUGAGCUAGAAUGUUCAAACUUGGUGUAGGUGUUUAUUAGGUCAACGCCUUGAUGGAGUUCGAAGAUAAGCAUUUUCUGCUUAGGGUAAGCAGAGAUAAGCAAUUUGAUGCUUUGGGACAAUAACUUUAGUUCUAAUUUAGUGAGAGUGAGGACACUUGGUGUAUAGUUUUAUCACAUCAAUACCUUGACUAAGUUCUAUAAUGAGCGAUAAGCAAUUUGAUUGGCCGGGACUUUGGAACACAGUAACUAUCCUUCUAAUUGACGUAGAAUGUUCAAACUUGGUGUAGGUGUGCCUGCUUACGGUAAGCAUAGAUAAGCAAUCUGAUUGGUUGAUGCUUUGGGGCACGAUAACUUUGGUUAUAAUUAAGUGAGAGUGAUGAAACUCGGGAGUAUAGAUUCAUUAUAGCAUUACCUUGACUAAGUUCAAUCGAUGAUGAGAAUUUUCUGCUUAGGCUAAGGAGUGAUAAGCAAUUUGAUUUGUCAAGAAUUUGGAACAUAACAACUCUGCUUUUAAUUAAGGUAGAAUGUUUAAACUUGAUGUAGAUGUUCAUUAGUUGAAUGUCUUGACUGAGUUCAAUGAUUAACAUUUCAAGCUAAAACUAAGCAGAGCUAAACAGUUUCAUUUGUCAAUGCUUUAGGACAACAUAACUUUGAUUCUAUCGUCGCGAAACUUGGAUAAAAUUGGUCAGUCCAUUUAGAUCUGACUUAUGCAAAGUUUACUGUAUAUCAAGGUUGUGGACUCUCUUGAGACCACAAUUUUGAUCCGAUUUUAAUGAAACUUUAAAUUUUUGUUUAUAUCACAAGGAUCUUGUUUCUUUUCGAUAAUAGCGCAUAUCCGAACGUAACCUCCUGGAUUAUGGUCCCUGAUUUGUUCAAAUCACAUAUUGAUGCAGCAAAUUUAUAUAGGCUACUGUCACUAUAACUGUUGACUUCUUUUCUAAAACCAUGUGAUCACCCAUUUAACAUACUUAGCAAAUUUGGCUAUAAUCACAUCAAGUUGAAUUACCCUAUACCUGCCUGUGCCAAUCUUGAGCAACAAUUGAACACCAUUAAUUAGGAUUUAAAGGUCGAAUGGCUCUACUUUUUGAAACCUUGAAAUAGACGAAAAUGGUUCUACAAGCACAUAUGAAUGUAUGUAAAGUGAUUAUUAUUAAAUUUUUGGAAAAAAUGUUCGGUGAAAUAUGUUAACAGUUCAAAUUGAAUGGCAGUUGGUUACACCUAGCUUAGUCCAUUUUACACGCUUUUGAAAUUAUUUUGUCGUUUGUGAAAUGAAAUAAAUCAAAAUGGGGUUUAACCUUCUACUGUUCAGCUAUGACUGGGCUAAUGAAGACUUUGUCGUUUGUGAAUCAGCCUUUACUAAUUACUUCCACAUUACUUAGUCCAUUCUACACGCUUUUGAAAUUAUUUUGUCGUUUGUGAAAUGAAAUAAAUCAAAAUGGGGUUUAACCUUCUACUGUUCAGCUAUGACUGGGCUAAUGAAGACGUUGUCGUUUGUGAAUCAGCCUUUACUAAUUACUUCCACAUUGUGUUGCAGGAUAUGUUUUUAUUUGUUCAUUACAAAUUGGCAACCGAAACUAUAGCAUAGGCUACCGGUACACGACUUGUGUACAGAUUAUAAAAUGUUACUAAUAUUUGAAAUUAGGAUCCUAUAGUUUCACAUAGAUAAUAUCAAUAACAAUGAUUGAAAUUGAUCAAUACUGGCCUUGAAUUAUCAUAAAUAGUUCGACUGGUGUUUUUUGUUAUAUUACUUUUAAUCAUAAGCAGAGCAUUUAAUUUUGGUGGUCAUUUUUUCUAGAAAGGAUGUUAUCGGAUUCGAAGAUAAUCUUGAUAAUAUUUUUGUGCCAACAGCUAUCCAUAAAGCAAAUGCGUCUGGACAAACAAGAUUGAAUUUCGAGCACGGUGUACUUCCUGUUAGAUUUAGACCACUAUCAAAGUAACCUAGAUUGAAUAGGUAUCUUUGGACUGAUCACCAAAUAAAAUGAUUCGCCUACCUCAAAGAGAUCGCAAUCCUGACGAAGAAAAAACUAUGUCGAGACGAGCAACUAUACAAUCUACAGUUGUCUUCUUUCUCACGUGUGCAUUGAUACGAGCAUUACCAUCAGUUUUAGAGGCAGUUAAUGGUGAAUGAAUCGUAAAAGUGAAAGAAUGAAAAGACUAAUCUGUAGUGUUAUCGUUAACUAAUAGUAUUGUGAUUCAUAUAUAAAAAAAAUGGAUGUGUGUGGACCAGAAUAGAAUACAAAAUAACCACUGGAGAAGUAAUAGAAGACAAUCAUCUUAGUGAAAUUAUGAACCAUUUUAUUUCUUCACAAAUAAGCAUGUAUAAUUUGAAUAUCACAAUAAAAAAAUAACCCAAACUGUUA